UCCUUUCGUCCCCUCACUGAGACUCUGCACUAAAGAAAAUGAAAAAGUAACAGUCAAAUAAGGAAAAUACAAAGAAUAAGCAAAUCGAAGCUCACUAUUUCUCCUACCCAGGCGAACAUCCUGAUCUUGUCAUCUCUCUCUUCCUUUAUCUUCUGCUUCUUCGGGUUCCCUUCUCUUGCACGAAACCAUUUGAUGCAUUUUAGCGCUUCUUCAUUUCUCUGCGUCUGAAGGGGGCUUUGAUGUUCUGGCUGUCUCUCCAGUAUAGAUCUGGAGGGGAGCUGGGUGCUGAAUCGAUCUACUUGGGUGUCUUGACGUGAACUGAAUAUGACGACUACACUUGCCUGGAGGUUUGGUUCCAACAAUGGUGGCAGCCUUGCUGCUAAUGAUAUGGAAAGAAAUGGCGAGGGUAAUAUUCCAGAUUCAGAGCCCCCUACUCCACAUUCUGUUUUGAAGAUGGGAUUGAGAGAGCGCAGCAGCAGCAUGGAGGAUCCAGAUGGGACAUUAGCAAGUGUUGCCCAAUGCAUCGAGCAGCUGCGACAGAGCUCAUCCUCUGCACAAGAGAAGGAAUACUCCUUAAGGCAGUUAUCGGAGCUUAUUGAUGUGCGUGAAAAUGCAUUUAGCGCUGUUGGAUCUCAUUCUCAGGCAGUGCCAGUGCUUGUUUCUCUUCUCCGAUCAGGUUCAGUGAGUGUGAAGAUUGAGGCAGCGACUGUUUUGGGCUCCCUUUGUAAAGAAAAUGAGCUAAGAGUGAAAGUGUUACUUGGAGGAUGCAUUCCUCCAUUGCUUGGUCUACUUAAAUCCAGUUCAGCUGAUGGUCAAGUAGCUGCUGCGAAGACUAUUUACGCUGUCUCUCAAGGUGGCUCAAAAGACCACGUUGGAUCAAAAAUUUUUUCAACUGAGGGAGUGGUACCUGUGCUGUGGGAGCAGCUUCAGAAAGGGCUGAAGACUGGAAAUGUAGUUGAUGGUUUAUUGACCGGAGCCUUGAAAAAUCUCUCUAGCAAUACGGAGGGAUUCUGGAAUGCAACAAUACAAGCUGGAGGAGUGGACGUGUUAAUGAAGUUAUUGACAGCAGGUCAUCCUAGCACUUUAGCUAAUGUGUGCUUCCUACUUGCCAGCAUGAUGAUUGAGGAUGCGUCUGUUUGUUCUAAGGUGUUGGCUUCAGAGGCGACAAAACAGCUCCUAAAAUUAUUGGGCCCUGGUAAUGACGCCCCUAUUAGAGCUGAAGCAGCCGGUGCUCUGAAAUCCUUGUCUUCUCAGUGCAAAGAAGCAAGGCGGGAGAUAGCUAAUUCUAAUGGCAUUCCUGCUCUGAUCAAUGCUACCAUAGCUCCUUCGAAAGAGUUCAUGCAGGGCGAGCAUGCUCAAGCAUUGCAGGAAAAUGCCAUGUGCGCGCUGGCUAACAUCUCUGGUGGUUUGUCUUAUGUCAUCUCCAGCCUUGGUCAAAGCCUUGAAUCGUGCACCUCAGCUACUCAAAUUGCUGACACAUUGGGGGCUUUAGCUUCAGCUCUUAUGAUAUAUGAUAGCAAGGCUGAAGCUACUAGAACAUCAGAUCCGUUGGUAGUGGAGCAAACAUUGCUCAAGCAAUUCAAACCUCAAUCACCUUUUCUUGUGAAGGAACGAACCAUUGAAGCCCUGGCUAGUUUGUAUGGCAAUCCCGUACUGUCAGUUAAGCUUGCAAAUUCAGAUGCAAAACACCUGCUUGUCGGAUUAAUAACGAUGGCUGUCAAUGAAGUGCAAGAUGAUCUUUUAAGAUCUCUCCUUACAUUGUGCAGCAAUGAAGGCAGUCUGUGGCGUGCCCUUCAGGGCCGUGAAGGAGUUCAGCUGUUGAUAUCCCUUCUCGGGCUUUCAUCAGAACAACAGCAAGAAUGUGCAGUCGCUCUGCUAUGCCUUCUAUCUAAUGAAAAUGAUGAAAGUAAAUGGGCCAUUACUGCUGCCGGUGGUAUACCUCCUUUAGUUCAAAUUUUGGAGACAGGAUCCACAAAAGCAAAAGAAGACUCGGCAAAAAUCCUUACAAACCUGUGCAAUCACAGCGAAGAUAUACGUGCUUGUGUGGAGAGUGCUAAUGCUGUUCCUGCAUUGUUGUGGCUAUUGAAGAAUGGAAGCCCAAAUGGGAAGGAGAUAGCAGCAAAAACCUUAAAUCACUUGAUUCAUAAAUCUGAUACUACCACAAUCAGUCAGCUUACAGCCUUAUUGACAAGCGAUCUGCCUGAAUCGAAGGUCUAUGUUUUGGAUGCUUUGAAGAGCAUGCUGUCAGUUGCCCCUCUCGGUGACAUUCAACGAGAAGGUAGUGCUGCAAGUGAUGCAAUUGAUACAAUGAUAAAAUUAAUGAGCUCUACGAAAGAAGAAACUCAAGCUAAGUCAGCAUCAGCUCUGGCAGGCAUCUUUGAAAUGAGGAAAGAUGUGCGUGAAAGCAGUAUUGCUGUUAAAACUCUUUUGUCAGCCAUGAAGUUGCUUAAUGUUGAAUCUGAAAGUAUCCAAAUAGAGUCUUCAAGGUGCCUUGCAGCAAUAUUUCUUUCCAUCAAAGAGAACAGGGAUGUAGCUUCUGUUGGUAGAGAUGCAUUUCUCCACCUAAUUACACUAGCAAAUUCUUCUGAUUUGGAUGUUGUAGAGUUGGCAACAUGUGCUGUGGCUAAUCUUAUUUUAGAUAGUGAGAUUUCAGAGAAGGCUGUUGCUGAGGAAGUUAUCAUGCCGGCUACCAGAGUAUUACGUGAAGGCACAAUUUCUGGAAAAGUUCAUGCAGCAGCAGCAAUUGCUCGCCUCAUACAUUCUCGACAAGUUGAUUAUUCUAUAACUGAAUGUGUGAAUCGUGCUGGGACUGUGCUUGCUUUGGUUUCCUUCCUGGAUUCUGCUAUUAAUGGAUCAGUUUCUACCUCUGAGGCUAUAGAAGCACUUGCUGUUCUGUCCAGGUUGGACCAGAAUAGUGAACAUGUUAAACCAGCAUGGGCUGUAUUGGCUGAAUUCCCUGAAAGCAUAAACCCAAUAGUGCUGUCUAUCGCUGAAUCAACACCAAUGUUUCAGGAUAAAGCUAUCGAGAUAUUAUCCCAGUUAUGCAGGGAUCAGCCCGUUGUUCUUGGAAACAAUGUUGUUUCAGCCAAUGGAUGCUUGAGUUCGUUGGCUAAAAGGGUAAUUGGUACUAAAAAUGUAAAGGUCAAAAUUGGGGGAGCUGCACUUAUUAGUUGUGCUGCCAAAGUAAGCCACCAGAGAGUGUUGGAGGAACUCAACCAAUCAAACUUGUGUGUUGAUCUUGUUCAAUCUCUUGUUAAUAUGCUUUCUUCUGCAUUGCCUUUGUCAUACCAAGGUGAAGGAAACAAGGAAUUCAUUAGCAUUUUCAUACAUAGAAAAGAAGACGCCAAUGGUUGUAAAUCCAGCACUGGCACCAUUAUAUCUGAUGCUAAGCUAGCUAUAUGGUUAUUAUCUAUUCUUGCUUGUCAUGAUGAACAAUGUAAAAUUGCAAUAAUGGAGGCUGGAGCAAUUGACAUUCUCACUGAAAAAAUAUCAGACUGUUACUCGCAAUAUAGCCAGAUUGAUUAUAAAGAAGAUAGUAGCAUGUGGAUUUGUGCAUUAUUGUUGGCUGUAUUAUUUCAAGAUAGAGAUAUCAUCAGAGCACAUGCUACCAUGAAAUCUGUACCAGCUAUUGCCAGUUUAUUGAGGUCAGAGGAAUUAGAUAACAGAUAUUUUGCGGCACAAUCAAUAGCUAGCCUAGUCUGUAAUGGAAGUAGGGGUACACUACUGUCUGUUGCAAACUCAGGGGCUGCAAGUGGGCUAAUCUCCCUACUUGGCUGUGCUGAUGUUGAUAUACAGGACCUUCUGGACCUGUCAGAGGAGUUCUCCUUGGUUCGUUAUCCUGAUCAAGUUGCUCUUGAGAGGUUGUUCAGAGUUGAUGACAUUAGGGUUGGUGCCACUUCACGGAAGGCAAUACCUGCCCUUGUUGAUCUGCUCAAACCAAUUCCAGAUCGCCCAGGAGCACCGUUUUUAGCUCUUGGGCUUCUAACUCAGCUCGCCAGAGAUUGCCCAUCCAAUAAGAUUGUAAUGGUAGAAUCUGGGGCCUUGGAGGCACUUACGAAGUAUCUUUCACUGGGUCCCCAAGAUGCAACCGAAGAAGCUGCUACUGAUCUGUUAGGAAUUCUGUUUGACUGUGCUGAUAUCCGGAGACAUGAGGCAGCGUUUGGUGCUGUUACUCAACUUGUAGCUGUCUUACGUUUAGGGGGGAGAGGUGCGAGGUACAGUGCUGCCAAAGCCCUGGAAAACUUGUUCUCUGCUGAUCAGAUUAGGAAUGCAGAAACAUCUCGACAAGCUGUUCAACCCUUGGUGGAGAUUCUUAAUACUGGUUUGGAGAAGGAGCAGCAUGCUGCAAUAGCUACGCUCAUUAGGCUCCUAAGUGAAAAUCCAUCUAGAGCGCUAGCAGUUGUUGAUGUUGAAAUGAAUGCAGUUGAUGUGCUUUGUAGGAUCCUUUCAUCGAAUUGUUCAUUGGACCUCAAAGGGGAUGCUGCGGAAUUAUGUUGUGUCCUGUUUGGAAAUACACGGAUUAGGUCCUCAAUGGCUGCUGCACGCUGUGUUGAACCUCUAGUUUCUCUCCUUGUAAGUGAGAUUAGUGCUGCUCAGCAUUCGGUUGUCCGCGCACUGGAUAGGCUUGUUGAUGACGAGCAAUUGGCUGAACUAGUUGCUGCUCAUGGUGCCAUUAUUCCUCUUGUUGGUCUUCUCUAUGGCAGGAACUUUUUGCUCCAUGAGGCUAUUUCUAGAACUCUGGUUAAACUAGGGAAAGACAGACCUGCUUGUAAAAUGGAAAUGGUCAAAGCUGGAGUUAUUGAAAGCAUACUUGACAUUCUUCAUGAAGCACCUGAUUAUCUAUGCGCUGCAUUUGCUGAAUUGCUGCGUAUAUUGACUAACAAUGCUAGCAUAGCUAAAGGGCAGUCUGCUUCUAAAGUGGUUGAACCCCUAUUUUUGUUGCUGACAAGACAUGAAUUUGGGCCUGACGGACAGCACAGUGCAUUGCAGGUUUUGGUUAAUAUCUUGGAACAUCCACUAUGUCGUGCUGAUUAUACGUUGACAUCUCACCAAGCUAUUGAACCACUUAUCCCCUUGCUUGAUUCUCCGAUACCGGCAGUGCAGCAGUUGGCUGCUGAGCUUCUCUCACAUCUACUUUUGGAAGAACACCUUCAGAAAGAUCCAGCUACACAGCUGGUAAUUGGUCCUCUUAUUCGAGUUCUUGGCUCUGGUAUCCACAUAUUGCAGCAGAGAGCUGUGAAAGCCCUAGUUAGUCUUGCACUGAUAUGGCCAAAUGAAAUUGCAAAAGAGGGUGGUGUUGUUGAACUUUCGAAAGUAAUAUUGCAUGCUGACCCUUCACUUCCGCAUGCUUUAUGGGAAUCUGCUGCUUCUGUUUUGUCAAGUAUUCUGCAGUUCAGUUCUGAAUUCUACUUGGAAGUGCCUAUUGCUGUGUUGGUAAGAUUGCUUCGUGCUGGUUCAGAGAGCACAGUUAUUGGUGCAUUAAAUGCUCUUCUAGUGUUGGAAAGUGAUGAUGGCACUAGUGCAGAAGCAAUGGCUGAAAGUGGUGCGAUAGAGGCUCUCUUAGAGCUUCUAAGGUCUCAUCAGUGUGAGGAAACUGCUGCUAGACUACUGGAAGUAUUGCUAAACAAUGUCAAGAUUAGAGAAACAAAAGCUACCAGAUCAGCCAUUGUGCCGUUAUCGCAGUACCUCUUGGACCCACAAACCCAAGGACAGCAGGCAAGGUUACUGGCAAUUUUGGCUCUUGGUGAUCUAUUUCAGAAUGAGAGUCUUGCUCGAACAAGUGAUGCAGUUUCAGCGUGUCGUGCUUUGGUGAAUGUGCUUGAAGAUCAGCCAACAGAGGAAAUGAAAGUUGUUGCUAUAUGUGCUCUGCAGAACCUUGUGAUGCAUAGUCGAUCAAAUAAAAGAGCAGUUGCUGAGGCUGGUGGUGUACAGGUUGUAUUGGAUCUGAUAGGUUCUAGUGAUCCAGAAACAUCAGUUCAGGCUGCAAUGUUCGUUAAACUUCUCUUCUCUAAUAACACAAUUCAAGAAUAUGCUUCAAGUGAAACGGUCAGAGCAAUAACUGCUGCUAUUGAAAAGGAUUUAUGGGCUACUGGAAGUGUGAAUGAUGAGUAUCUGAGAGCCUUAAAUGCUCUUUUUAGCAACUUCCCACGACUGAGAGCCAGUGAGCCAGCAACACUUAGCAUUCCCCAUCUGGUUACAUCAUUGAAAACAGGUUCUGAGGCCACUCAAGAAGCUGCCUUGGACACACUUUUUCUUCUCAGGCAAGCUUGGUCAGCAUGUCCGGCAGAAGUCUCAAGAGCUCAGUCAAUAGCAGCUGCAGAUGCUAUUCCUUUGCUACAGUAUUUAAUCCAGUCUGGUCCUCCUCGGUUUCAAGAGAAGGCUGAAUUUCUACUGCAGUGUUUGCCUGGGACAUUAGUUGUGAUUAUAAAACGCGGUAACUACAUGAAGCAGUCAGUUGGUAAUCCAAGUGUUUACUGUAAGCUUACACUUGGCAACACUCCUCCAAGGCAAACCACGGUGGUCUCAACUGGCCCAAAUCCGGAAUGGGAUGAGAGCUUUUCAUGGUCCUUUGAGAGCCCUCCAAAAGGCCAGAAGCUUCAUAUUUCUUGCAAAAAUAAGAGCAAAAUGGGAAAGAGUUCAUUUGGGAAAGUGACGAUCCAAAUUGAUCGCGUCGUGAUGCUCGGAUCUGUUGCCGGCGAGUACACUCUACUACCAGAAAGUAAAAGCGGUCCCUCGAGGAAUUUAGAGAUAGAAUUCCAGUGGUCUAACAAGUGAUGCCCGUUAGAGUUUAACUUCAAGCUUCAGAUUUGGUGGUCAUAGGAAAUGCCUGGAGAGAAAUUUUUGUUGUGUUAUUUAUCAUGUUAAUGUACAUAAGGCAACAUUUGCUUUACUUUUGGCCUACACACCCAUACCUGUAUUCUUUUGUAAAAUUUGCUUGUAUUCUUUUAUUUUUGGAUUACAUUUGGAUCCAAAGUUCAACCAACUCUUUCGAGUUUCUUUUGUAAUUCUUGCUUCUUGUCAAUUUAUACUUGAGAGGGCAAUGCGAUUGUUUAUACUUUUGGGUUGUAGACAUUUUUUUCCUCCACGAGGGAUGAAAUACCAUCAGUGGAGUUUAUCA